AUGGCGACCGUACCUGUAAUUCUGGAGGACACCUUCACGGUCACGGCUCUCAAUCCGGAUGGAGUUGUCUACAUUAGGGUCUCGCGAAUUCAUUGCAAGAAUGAGCGCGGAAAUCUCACCAUCACAGCUGACAUUAACACCGAGGAGUUUCCAGUAAGCUUGGAUGAUCGUCUCACUAUUAUGCUGGCGAACUCCAUUGAGUUGUCUGGGCAGUCGGGUGCAAAACAUUACGACCAGAGUGUCUACCACCGUGAAACACGUUUGCAGGACUGCGACUACGCCAUGCAUGGUCGCGUGUAUGGCCAUGAGGUGGAUGAAAGUAGCUUGGAUGUUAGAGUACACAUUAGCUGUGGUGGACUUUUGACACAAGUUAUUGGUAGUCCGCAUAGCUUGCGGGACAUUCACUACAAUAGUGAUGUCUACAUCUUGAUAAAACGUGUGGGAAAAUAA